AGUAGCGUGCUCAGAUUCUGAGCAAAGCCUCCCUCGCGAAGUUGAUGAAAGUGGACCAGAAACCCCUUCGCAUUCAAGUUGCUUCUUAAUUAGGCCUUCUGCGAUUUUCUUGGAUAUAUAUAUAUAUAUAUGUUCGCUCUUGCCUCUGUUUCUAUACGUGGAGACUGCUAGACGAGCCACCUAUAAGAAACAUUGGUUUUGAAUUAUCCGGUAAUGUUGCUUUUCUUUGCUAAUUUAAGCUUUCUGAUUUCUUUGUUCUUGGUUCCGAUUAACUAUUAUGGAACGAGGUGAUAUGCUUUUGUCUGGGUUUUUCAUUUCCUUGGAAUCGGAGUGUUUAAUCACAGCAACAUGGUGAUUUUGGUUUUCCUACUUCUUAUGUUGUAGAAUUUGCAGAAUUUCUUUUAUUGCAUUUUCUCGCUAGCCGAACAAAAAGUUCUGUGGAUUGCAUGAUCUUUUGCUGUAAUAGAAAAUUCAGGUUUUUCAGUUAAAGAAAAUGAUAAAGAAAGUUGUCAAUAGGAAAUAGAAGACGAUAAACUUUAACUAUUUUUCAGUAACCCUAAAGUUAUUUCUGCAUGUUAUAUUAAAAGAACAUGAAAGAUCAUUGAUGGGUAUUCCUUAGUUCCGUCUUUUGCAAUGUCAAAUUUAUGUUGUUUAAAAAUCUCAAUGCAGGCUGUUUAAAAGUUUGAUUUUUAAGUUAUUAUGGUGUUCUCUUUUGUUGUAUUCCUUUUGCAAUAAUUCCUCUUUGAAGGCGCUCUGCUCACAGACGAUUACCAUUAAUUCAAUGGCUUACAUUCCUCCACAUAAGCGGCAGGACAAAGGGAGGCCAUCACCAACUCCGGAAUUUUUUGUACCUUUCUCCAACAGAAAUCGUAGUUUGAGACAACAGGUUUCUAAAAUAGACAAGAGCGGAAAGAUUAUAUAUGCAGAUCGUGCCAUAUCUAGAUGGUUUCCUGUUGGUUUGAGUGAAAAUGGUCAGUUUCCUUCAUACAUUCAUCUUGAGCCAGUUUCCUUGGAAUCUUUUGUGAGCAAGUCAGGAGAAAAACCUCAUACCUUGGUGAAAAAUAUUGUAACUGAAGAGGAUAAUGAGCUAAAGGAGAAUUAUGUGAGAAGUCCAUGGGUAAUUAUAGCCGAAAAUGUACAGCAAGAUCUACUCUCCUCUUUUGAGGUUUUGAAGAAUGAAAUGAACUCCGAAGGAUUGGAAAAAGUAAAGCCAAUACUAGUUGCUAGAUUGGGAAAAAUUCUUUUUCAUGGGACCCCUUCAUUAAUGCUAGGAAGUGUUGAGAAAAAUCAGGUUGAUGAAACUAUUUUGAGACAAUUGAAAAGAACAAUUCACACAAAUAUUCCUUCUACAUAUAUGGAAAACAUUACAAAUGAAGUAGUCCCAAAAGUUGGAGUUGAUUUUGAAGAGGAAAAAGAAAUCUACCAUGUCAAGUUGUCCGAUAACAGACGACCAAAUUCAACUGUUUCCUGCAAAUGUUACGUAAAGGCAGAUAAAAAACUUCUACUCUACAAGGUUGAACUAAACCAAGUGCGUCAGCUGGUUGUAGAUGUAUUAUGCCUUGACAAGAAUAUUGACCUGAGGCUAAUGCUAUGCAGCAAGAGAAUCAUAACUGCUCCUACUGAUGAUGAGUUGAAGAGCAUAAGCGAUCUAAUUUCUUCUGCAGUUUUGGAUUCAGAUGUGAAGGGUGGGUUGAGAUGGCUUCUCGGGAAUAAAUCUUCUGGAAAUAGAUACAGUGUAAUUGGGGUUUGGCAUACCAUAACUAAAGCCUACAAAAGUCCAUCACUGAGGCUCAUAGUAAGACAUGCUGAUAGAUUUGAUUUUAAGAGUGAAACUGGAGAAGUUUCAAGAGAAAUUUUUCUGAAGUUGAAAGGAAUAUCUUCAGAAUUGCAGGAAAAGGGAGCAGAAAGUGAGUCGGUGUGUAUGAUGCUCAAGGACAGCUUGAGAUUGAUAUGGGAUCACUUCUUAAGCUGCGAUCGUUUCUUGACAUGAACAUGUUAUCAAGCCUAUACCCCAAUGGUCUCUCUCCCACUGUGAAUAGUGUAUCUUUUUUGGAUUUCUUUAGUUUGGUUUGUUAAGUGAUUUAACUGGAAUGAUUGGAGUUUUUCUGAACUAUAAUGCUGCCAUCCCAAUAGUAAAUCAUUCCCCAUGGGCCAUGUUAAUGACCA